GAACGACAACUCAGGGUAGAGAUGGAACUGCAAGUGAUUGCGAAGUUGCUUGCCGAAUUUUUAAAAUUUUGUGAAGAACCUUGAAGAGAGUACAAUAGUUGGACCAUUCCUAUGGUUUUAGUCAGGAUUGAUUCAAGUGCAAUAGAAAACACUCUGAUUACUACCAUCUACACUCCAUUCCAUUUUAUGGUGAUGUGCACAGAUUUUGAUUUACUGGAUAUUUUACCAGCAGGCUCACUAAGGCAAAAUGUAUGCAAAGGAGAAGAAUUCAUGAACAGAUUGGACAAACUCAUUACGGGCUUAAAGGAUAUCCAAGAAAAGGUAAAAAAAGAUGAGAACAAACUCCAGUUUGAUAAAAGUACAGACAAACAUAUGGAAUCACCCUCAGAUGAUUCUCCUGGAGAGAUGGAGGUGGAGGAGAGUGAUCGUGUGCAAUGUAAGACAGAAAACACCAGGCAGAUUCCGCUCUCUGACAAACCUAAUGAAAGGGACAAUCUUACCAAGAACAAUGUGCAGAUCAAAGCAUCCACUCAGGAGAUAGAAAGAAGAAUUGCUGCUUUCAUUGAACAAAAGAGGCAGGAAGUGGAUGAAAUUAACAUCAGAGAGUUUUGUCCAACAGCCACUCCUUCUUUAGAUUUGGACAGUAGCUGUGCUCGUGUUGAUUCUGUGUUCGACACUAGGGUCAGUGGGAAAAGUCAUAUUAAAGUGACACGAGUAGUAAAUCUUCAAGGACCGCAGACCCUGGUCAGUCAGUUUAAACCUGAUGCUGUGAUCAAGAAGGAGCUGGAGGAGGAUCCAGGGUUUUUCACUGGUAUAGAGGAGCGGCUACAGAAUAUAGAAUCCCACCUCAAAGUCAAUAAACGAGAACAAAGAACUAGCCUUUUCGACAGAGUGAAGAAGAUGGAGGAAAGAAUUCUCUUCCUGGAGAGUCUGUCACCUGAAUACUUCAGCAGUGGCCUCCCUCUACCUCCAUCUUCCAAAAGAAAAAGAGCAUCUGAAGGAAUGCCCAGUAAAUUCCAGGAUGUGAAUAAUAUGGACUUAUCUGAUAUUGAUGAUAGAAUCCGAGUGCUUAGAGAAUCCUUGAGGCAGAGAGCCAUGCAUAAAGUAUAACAUUUCAGAUCUUCAUUCAUAUUUCAUCAUUACUGGUGCAAUUUCCUGAACCCAGUUUUUAAAACAAUAAUUAUGUCAUAUUUCAUUGUUGUUGGUGUAAUGUAUAUCAUUAAAUACUAUAGAGUC